ACUGACCUGCGAUCUAUUGUCUUAUCAGUUGUUUCAAGUUAAGGAUUUUCACUGAAGGAAGGAUAGGCGCGUGGUCAGUAGGAGCUGGACUGAUUUCAACAAUGACGUGGUCGCUGUGUUCUGUGCUGUUGGCACUGCUCCCUCUCACAUACGGUAAUGUGUGUUCUGUGUUGUUAGAACUGCUCCCUCUCACAUACGAUAAUCUGUUGUUGACACUGCUCCCUUUCACAUACAGUAAUAUGUGUUGUUGACACUGCUCCCUCUAACAUAUGGUAAUUUGUGUUAUUGGCACUGCUCCCUCUUACGUACGAUAAUAUGUGUUGUUGACACUGCUCCUCUAACAUAUGGUAAUAUGUGUUGUUGGCACUGCUCCGUCUCACAUACAGUAAUAAGUGUUGUUUGCAAUGCUCCCUCUCACAUACAGUAAUAUGUGUUGUUGACACUGCUCCCUCUAACAUAUGGUAAUCUGUGUUGUUGGCACUGCUCUGUCUCACAUACAGUAAUAUGUGUUGUUGGCACUGCUCCCUCUCACAUACAGAAAUAUAUCUUGUUGGCACUGCUCCCUCUCACAUACAGUAAUAUGUGUUGUUGGCACUGCUCCGUCUCACAUACAGUAAUAUGUGUUGUUGGCACUGCUCCCUCUUACAUACAGUAAUAUGUGUUGUUGGCACUGCUCCCUCUCACAUACAGUAAUAUUUGUUGUUGGCACGGCUCUUUUCUCUUUUUUCUUUUAUUUGAGGGGCCCACGAUCAAUUUGUUGAUCAUUCUGGCUCCUGGUUUAAAUUCAGAGUUUGCCUUCUCUUAGAUGGGUUGCCGUCCAAGGCUAACGAGUCCCAUCCACCCGGCUCCCUCUCACAUACAGUAAUAUGUGUUGCUGGCACUGUUUCCUCUCACAAACAGUUUUUUUGUUGAUGUGUUUGCAUUUUAACAUUGAAAUUACUGUAAGGGUAAUCAACCAUUUAAUCAAUUCGCUGACAGUUGGCAGUGACAAAUAACGCUUGAAUUAAGGACUCUGACCAUGUUCUUUUGUAACAAAAAUGGGGGAUUAUUUUAUGUCAAAUAUUUACGUGAAAUAGAACAGCAAAUUUAUUUUUAUGCGACAUGGAAAUAAAAUUUUGGUAUCUUUCAGAUUGAUAUAUAUAUAUAUAUAUAUAUAUAUAUAUAUAUUUAUCACAUCAAACGCAUCCAUAUUUUUAUAUGACUGAAAUAUUUCCGGAUUGUUGUUUUUCAAAGGAUUCCUUUUCCGCCAUAAAACAUGAACACCAUUAUUACUUCCACCAAAAAUAAUUACUUUACCCUGGGUCUCUUCCUGGUACUUUUUUCCAGUUUAUUUCUUGUAGUCUUCCUUUCGUUUUACUUCUUGAAGUUCAAAUUUGAGCUGUCGCUUACUCAGAGUGAUUCGUUACCUCAGAUUCAGGAUACUUUCUUGUCUCAUAAAAAUGAGCCUUAUCUAGGUAAGAUUUCGCUCUCAAGCAAUAAUGUGUGUGUUUGUGGGGAAAAGUGCGGCACUUCGGGUUCGGUCUUAUGCCUCCACCGGCGAUAUUUGAUAUAAACUAGUCGUUUGGUUGUGGUUCAAUGGACUGAUUUCUUUGCAGACCUGUUUACCGCCCGGGUUGGUGUCAGAGUAGUUCUCAUUUCAUUUGUAUUCGAUUGUUUACGGUGUUGACACAAAAAAAUGCGGUGUCGUUUUACUGAAAACAUCCCAAUUAUUGAGUCUUUCUUGAAGAAUUAAUCAAACGUACGAAAAAACUCCCGAGACUUAAGUUUUUUUUGCAGCCUUGUCGUAGUGACGUAGUCUUAGGCUUGUCGAAGUGACGUAGUCUUAGGUUUGUCGAAGUGACGUAGUCUUAGGCUUGUCGCAGUGACGUAGUCUUAAACUUGUCGUAGUGACGUAAUCUUAGACUUGUCGCAGUGACGUAGUCUUAGGCUUGUCGUACUGACGCAGUCUUAGGCUUGUCGUAGUGACGCAGCCUUAGGCUUGUCGUAGUGACGUAUUCUUAGGCUUGUCGUAGUGACGUAGUCUUAGGUUUGUCGUAGUGACAUGGUCUUAGGCUUGUCGUAGUGUCGUAGUCUUAGGCUUGUCGUAGUGGCGUAGUCUUAGGCUUGUCGUGGUGACGUAGUCUUAGGCUUAUCGUAGUGACGUAGUCUUAGGCUUGUCGUAGUGACGUAGUCUAGGCUUGUCGUGGUGACGUAGUCUUGGGUUCGUCGUAGUGACGUAGUCUUAGGCUUGUCGUAGUGACGUAUUCUUAGGCUCGUCGUAGUGACGAAGUCUUAGGUUUGUCGUAGUGACGUAGUCUUAGGCUCGUCGUAGUGACGUAGUCUUAGGCUUGUCGUAUUGACAUAUUCUUAGGCUUGUCGUAGUGACGUAGUCUUAGGGCUUGUCGUAGUGACGUAGUCUUAGGCUCGUCGUAGUGACGUAGUCUUAGGCUUGUCGUAGUGACAUAUUCUUAGGCUUGUCGUAGUGACGUAGUCUUAGGGCUUGUCGUAGUGACGUAUUCUUAGGCUUGUCGUAGUGACGUAGUCUUAGGCUCGUCGUAGUGACGUAGUCUUAGGCUUAAAACGUAGUGACAGCGUAGAGGUAAACAGGUUUGGAGGGAAGACCACUAAUUUUAGAUGGUGACACUUGUAAUAGUUGCCAACACAUGAAGACACGCCCCCACUCCUGCUGUGAGUUACGAUUCUAUAUUAAUGUAUCUUGAGUUGUGCUGUGUGUGACUAUAUUGUUCUAUUAAUGUAUCUUGAGUUGUGCUGUGUGUGACUAUAUUGUUCUAUUAAUGUAUCUUGAGUUGUGUUGUGUGUGACUGUAUUGUUCUAUUAAUGUAUCUUGUGUUGUGCUGUGUGUGACUGUAUUGUUCUAUUAACGUAUCUUGUGUUGUGCUGUGUGUGACUGUAUUGUUCUAUUAAUGUAUAUUGUGUUGUGUUGUGUGAGACUGUAUUGUUCUAUUAAUGUAUCUUGUGUUGUGUUGUGUGAGACUGUAUUGUUCUAUUAAUGUAUCUUGUGUUGUGCUGUGUGAGACUGUAUUGUUCUAUUAAUGUAUCUUGUGUUGUGCUGUGUGUGACUGUAUUCUUCUAUUAAUGUAUCUAAAGUUGUGCUGUGUGUGACUGUAGUGUUCUAUUAAUGUAUCUUGAUUUGUGCAUUCCGUUUGCAGCUUCCUUGAAUUUUAUGUCCAUUUAAAAGAACUUUAACUUACCUUCAGCCCUUUGUCUAUUUACAACAAUCUCAAAUUACCUUCAGCCCUUUGUCUAAUUACAACAAUGUCAACUGGCGUUCGGCCCGUAUUCACAUUUUUGAUGUCAAUGAAGUUUUUUUUUUCAAACAAUGGAGGCUAGAUAAGAUGAAGGUUCUUACUAACAACAAGAAGAAUGAGUCACACCAAAUAAUACACACUAACACAAUAACACACUAACACAAUAACACACUAACACAAUAACACACUAACACAAUAACACACUGACGAACACAUUUCAUCAAACUCAUGUUUCUGGAAAACAGGAAAGCAACCUUGAAUUUAUUAAACAUUAUUGUUUAGCACACAUGACUUUAUUAAAGAUCCUAACAAGAGUAGGUGAAACAAAUGGUUUCAAACUGUAUUCAUCAGGUCAGCCUGGGGUCAAGAACCAAGCUGUCCUUAAUUUGUACAGCAGGAAUUACAACGGUGAUGUAAGUAUCAAGAUAUUGUCAGUAGUUAAUGGCAGUUUAUAGAUAUUUUCAGAGGUGACAAUAAUAUUUAAUCUAUUUAAUCUAUUAGGUUGGGUGGCGAUGUAAGUUCAUUGCUUAGAAUGUCCAUCUUGUGUCCCAGGUUGGUUGGCGAUGUAAGUUCAUUGCUUAGAAUGUCCAUCUUAUGUCCCAGGUUGGUUGGCGAUGUAAGUUCAUUGCUUAGAAUGUCCAUCUUGUGUCCCAGGUUGGUUGGCGAUGUAAGUUCAUUGCUUAGAAUGUCCAUCUUGUGUCCCAGGUUGGAUGGCGAUGUAAGUUCAUUGCUUAGAAUGUCCAUCUUGUGUCCCAGGUUGGUUGGCGAUGUAAGUUCAUUGCUUAGAAUGUCCAUCUUGUGUCCCAGGUUGGUUGGCGAUGUAAGUUCAUUGCUUCGAAUGUCCAUCUUGUGUCCCAGGUUGGUUGGCGAUGUAAGUUCAUUGCUUAGAAUGUCCAUCUUGUGUCCCAGGUUGGAUGGCGAUAUAAGUUCAUUGCUUAGAAUGUCCAUCUUGUGUCCCAGGUUGGUUGGCGAUGUAAGUUCAUUGCUUAGAAUGUCCAUCUUGUGUCCCAGGUUGGUUGGCGAUGUAAGUUCAUUGCUUAGAAUGUCAAUCUUAUGUCCCAGGGAACGUACUACGGUGAAGGGACAGGCGGCACGUGUCAAUACGCCACACCUCUCCCACCAGCCGCGACCAAUCGAAAGAUCUCAGCUUUGGUGGCUCUCAACAAACCUCAGUUUUUGAAUUCUAUAACCUGUGGCAUUUGUCUCAAGGUAAGUUUAGGCGGGGGAAGGGAGACAAUGAGACAGACAGUGAGAGAGAGAGAGAGAGCGAGAGAGAGACAAUGAGAACAUGAAACAUAUAGUGAGAGAAACAGAGAGAGAGAGAGAGAGAGGGGGGGGGGAGAGUCAAAAUGGACCCAGACACGCAGUGCCGCCAUUCGCCCCCGUGUACCAUUAGACUCAAGCCAUUCGGAAGUCAUUUGUGGUAGUUUAUUUUAGUUAAACUGAAGAAGUAAGUUUACAAACAUAUAGUCCAUUCAAUUAUCUUUAAUUGGACACCUCAUUUAGUCUUACAAACCCAUAAUACAAUUUUAAAUAGUUUUUUUAUCACAACCUCUCACUUCUGGUACCCGGUUGCGAAUAGUCGCAGCCAUCCAGCAAACCCGCAACGUCCACUUCUAUAGAGUGUCUUGUCGGCUGCAGUGACGUCAUUGUUGCUUCGUUGUUUAUCUCAAUUUCAGGUGACUGGUUCCGGUCACGGCCUUGGCGCUAAUCCAAUCACAGGAGAUCACAUCGUGUUUGUCAAAGAUCUUUGCCCAGAGUGCCACGAAGGUUGAAAACAAAUAAUUUUAAUCUAGAAGAGAACUGAUUUAUUCUUUUAAUUAAAAAAGAUAAAAUUUCUUUAAAAAAAAAAGAAAAAGCAAAAUUUGGACAGUUUAAUAGGUCAUAUAAAAAACGCCAUGAAUCAUUUUGGUGGGAAAGUUGACCCGACAAUAAAAACAAUCAAUAUGAUCUACUAAUGUUAAAAGUAAUGAUCAGAUUCAAAUGUUGACACUUGACGGAUGGCCACCUGAAAUUUUUGCGUCAAAGGAAACAGAAAAAUUAUGAUUAUUUUUGUGAGCUGGCGGCAAUCCUUCGCACACAGGAGUGCGUGGACGACGUAAAGCGUUGGAUGACUUGCAACAAACUGAAGCUAAAUGAUGAUAAAACGGAAAUCCUUCUCAUCCACUCUCAAAGCAAACCUUUCCCUCCAUCCGCUCCUUCUUCUAUAUCUAUCGGCAGCUCUGACAUCACACUCUCUUCCUCUGCCAGAAACCUUGGAGUCAUGCUUACAGACACCCUCUCCAUGGACAAACAUGUCAUGAAUAUAUGCAGAUCAGCAUACAACGAAAUUAGAAAAAUCAGCACCAUUAGACACCUCCUCAUCUUUGAUGCCACAAAAACUCUCGUCUCUUCACUCAUUCUUUCAAAAUUGGACUACUGUAACACUCUUCUCGCAGGCAUUCCUCGACACCACAUAGACAAACUUCAGAAGGCAAAGAACUCAGCAUGCUGACUCAUUUUUAAAUUAAAGAAACAUGAACACAUUCAACCACUCAUGCGGCAACUCCACUGGCUUCCAAUAUCCUCUCGCAUCAAGUACAAGUCUGCCAAUCUAUGCUUCAACUCGUUCACUGACCCUUACUUUCCUGUCUAUCUCUCUGAACUGCUGCUUCCUUACAUCCCCACAAGACAACUACGCUCUUCCAUUGACAGUAGAACCCUCUCAAUCCCAAGAACCAAAGUUAAGACCAUUGGUGAACGCUCCUUCUACUUCCAUGCGACCACGUUCUGGAACCAGCUCCCCUUCCACAUCCGUCAUUGUGAAACCUCGUCCACUUUCAAAAAGUCCCUUAAAACCUUUUGUUUAGGUCCGCCUAUGACCUAUGAUUCACCCUCCUUGCCCUGCCUCAUUUUCUGUCUCGGGUUGAUCCUGUAGUAUAGGCCAAAACGUUUUAAUGUUGAAGCUACUGUUUCUAUAGUCAUUUUUUUACAUUGUAGUUACUAUUCAAGUGUCUCUGGUUUUUCAUUUUUAUUUUACUUUAGCAGUUUAAAUAGUUUACAUAGUUUUAAUUAAUUGUAAAGCGCUUAGAGCUGUAGGGUAAGCGCUAUACAAAAAUGCCUAAAUAAAUAAAUUGUGAUUGUGAGAGGAGACUGGUGGAUGGUGAUUGUGGAUUGGUAGAUGUGAUUGGUGAUUUGUGAGUGGUGAUUGGAAGAUAGUGAUUAUUGGAGGAUGAUUGCGAUUGCUGGAUGGUGAUUGUGAAAUGUUGAUUGUGAUUGGUGGAUGGUUUCCUUUCUACAUACAUUCCACCGUCAGAUUGAGAUUCCACUUAUAUUUUGAAAAGGUGAAUAUAAGAACUACAACUUGAUGUGGAUUAUCAUAACUCUCCAAUGAAGAGUGCUACACCAAAUGUCAUCCUUGUAACCUCUCAAGAACAAAGACCAAGCCCUAUAGACUUAGGCCUUUGCCCUAUAGACUUAGGCCGCUGCCCUAUAGACUUAGGCCGUUGCCCUAUAGACUUAGGCCGCUGCCCUAUAGACUUAGGCCGUUGCCCUAUAGACUUAGGCCGCUGCCCUAUAGACUUAGGCCGCUGCACUAUAGACUUAGGCCGUUGCCCUAUAGACUUAGGCCUUUGCCCUAAAGACUUAGGCCGAUGCCCUAUAGACUUAGGCCGUUGCCCUAUAGACUUAGGCCGAUGCCCUAUAGACUUAGGCCGAUGCCCUAUAGACUUAGGCCGUUGCCCUAUAGACUUAGGCCUUUGCCCUAAAGACUUAGGCCGCUGCCCUAUAGACUUAGGCCGUUGCCCUAUAGACUUAGGCCGCUGCCCUAUAGAAUUAGGCCGUUGCCCUAUAGACUUAGGCCGUUGCCCUAUAGACUUAGGCCGUUGCUCUAUAUACUUAGGCCGUUGAACGUGAAUGCGCAAUAAAUACUCAAAAAAAAAAAAUACAACAAAACUCAUUAAGGAAUUAAGAUUGAUUGAAUGAGGACCUCGUGGUUGCUCAUCAAUGUUGGUGAAUGUUUGGUCAUAAUGUGGUUGCUCAUCAAGGUUGGUGAAUGUUUGGUCACAAUGUGGUUGCUCAUCAAGGUUGGUAGAUGUUUGGUCACAAUGUUGUUGCUCAUCAAGGUUGGUGAAUGUUUGGUCACAAUGUGGUUGCGUUGUUCUCUUAUUCCUUUCCAUUCCCACCACAAAAACAUAAACACAUUUGACAUCUUGCCUCCGGCCCCCCCCCCAACCAGGCACGUGACCCAUUUUGCCUUUAGAUUAAUCCGUCGCUGGUUCUCAAACUACUGUGUAUUUACUGUCACUCAAGGGUCUGUGGACUUUGCUCUCAACGGAGACGGGAGAUGGGGUAUCACCAUCCACGCCGUCCAGUGCCCAGUGGACAGUACGACCAUUCAGUACGCUUUCCAGGGCAGCAACCCAUUCUACCUGAAACUUCAGGUCCGAAAUGCCAGGUGAGCCUAGUUAGCCUGCCUUGACCUUGAAGUCACGCAUGACUUGUUAUACGACCAAACUUAAUUACUGGCUGACGAAAUAAUUUGACCGCCAAGAUAUUGAAUAUGGCCGCUAAGGUAUUGAAGAUGGCAGCAAAGGUAUUGAACAUGGCCGCAAAGGUAUUGAACAUGGCCGCAAAGUUAUUGAAGAUUGUCGGAAAGGUAUUGAACAUGGCCGCAAAGGUAUUGAAGAUUUUCACAAAGGUAUUGAACAUGGCCGCACAGGUAUUGAACAUAGCCGCAAAGGUAUUGAAGAUUGUCGCAAAGGUAUUGAACAUGGCCGCACAGGUAUUGAACAUAACCGCAAAGGUAUUGAAGAUUGUCGCAAAUAUAUUUAAUAUGGUCGCAAAGGUAUUGAACAUAGCCGCAAAGGUAUUGAAGAUUGUCGCAAAAAUAUUUAAUAUGGCCGAAAAGGUAUUGAACAUUGCCGCAAAGGUAUUGAACAUGGCCGCAAAGGUAUUGAAGAUUGUUGCAAAGGUAUUGAACAUGGCCGCAAAGGUAUUGAAGAUUGUCACAAAGGUAUUGAACAUGGCCGCACAGGUAUUGAACAUAGCCUCAAAGGUAUUGAAGAUUGUCGCAAAGGUAUUGAACAUGGCCACACAGGUAUUGAACAUAACCGCAAAGGUAUUGAAGAUUGUCGCAAAUAUAUUUAAUAUGGUCGCAAAGGUAUUGAACAUAGCCGCAAAGGUAUUGAAUAUUGUCGCAAAAAUAUUUAAUAUGGCCGAAAAGGUAUUGAACAUUGCCGCAAAGGUAUUGAACAUGGCCGCAAAGGUAUUGAACAUGGCCGCAAAGGUAUUGAACAUGGCCGCAAAGGUAUUGAACAUGGCCGCAAAGGUAUUGAAGAUCAAUAAUAACGCUUAUAUCUAUUUAUGGCUUAGCACUACCACAAAAUACAGGAACCCAACCACCCCCCUCCACCUCGGGUUCCUGCAGGGCGUGACCCUUGUUUAUAACUUCCAUGUCUAGAAUAGAACAAGUAAGAUUCUAUCUUUGAUUCCUAGAAUAUAUUAUAAGCUGGGGGCUAUUAUUUAGUUUAUUUGAAACUUUAGGAAAACGUUCACUCAAGAUCUAGGCAACCCACAAUUACGUUAAAUCAACACUACACUACAUUUGGGCCAUCCAGUAAUUACGUCAUCAAUUUUGAGGCAAUUAUUUUGACUCCUCCCUUCCCCUUAUCAACAACUGUCCAACUUUCAAGGACACCCCCACCACCCCCACCCCCAUUUAAGGAUAUAAACGUUAUUUCUCCGCCAUCCCAAAAAAGAAAAAAAAAGAAAAAUAAUAAAGCGAAUAAAUACGCAUCUUUACGAAUCCUUCAGAUAUAAAUAUUGGACGGGAAGAGUACAUUUAUAACAUUCUAAUUCUCACUGUGACAUAACCUCUCUCUCUGUCAUAUCACCUCUCCCUGUGACAUCACCUCUCCCUGUGACAUCACCUCUCCCUGUGACAUCACCUCUCCCUGAAACAUCACCUCUCCCUGUGACAUCACCGCUCCCUGUGACAUCACCUCUCCCUGUGACAUCACCUCUCCCUGUGCCACCACCUCUCCCUAUGACACCACCUCUCUCUUGAUAUCCCCUCUCCCUGUGACACCACCUCUCUCUUGAUAUCACCUCUCCCUGUGACAUCAACUCUCCCUGUGACAUCACCUCUCCCUGUGAAUCACCUCUCCCUGUGUCAUCACCUCUUCAUAUGACACCACCUCUCUCUUGAUAUCACCUCUACCUUUGACACCACCUCUCUCUUGAUAUCACCUCUCCCUGUGGCACCAUCUCUCUCUUGACAUCACCUCUCCCUAUGACACCACCUCUCUAUGUGACAUCACCUCUCUCUGUGACACCACCUCUCUCUGUGACACCACCUCUCUCUGUGACACCACCUCUCUAUGUGACACCACCUCUCUCUGUGACACCACCUCUCUCUGUGACACCACCUCUCUCUGUGACACCACCUCUCUCUGUGAAAUCACCUCUCUCUGUGACACCACCUCUCUCUGUGAAAUCACCUCUCUCUGUGACACCACCUCUCUCUGUGACACCACCUCUCUCUGUGACACCACCUCUCUCUGUGAGACCACCUCUCUCUGUGACACCACCUCUCUCUUGAUAUCACCUCUCUCUGUGACACACCUCUCUCUGUGACACCACCUCUCUCUUGAUAUUAAAUCUCCCUGAGACACCACCUUUCCCUGUGACAUUAAUUUAGAACUAAUAUAGAUAAAAUGGAUUACUUUGGAUAAAAGGAUCUAGUGUUGCUAAGCAUGUGCUCCUUAUGUAAGGUGUUACAGUUAAAAUGACAAAAGUGGUUUGUGUUUUAGGAUCCCCAUCACGGGGGUGCCAUAUCCGGAAAUUUGAUCGAAAGAAAUUUCGUCGACGGUAAAUUGAUCGACGGUAAUUUGAUGGAACGGAAAUUUGCUCGAAUCUUUUUUUUUUCUUCAUUUUUUUUAUGUUAAAAUUUUCCUUCAAAUUCCUUUUUGAACGCAUUAUUUUUUAUACCAUAUAGUAUAGUGCUUUUAAAAAUAAAUUUGAAGAAAAUUUUAACGUGUGAACUGGAAAAAAAAAAAAGAUUCGACGAAAUUUCCGUUCGAUCAAAUUUUCGUCGAUCCAUUUACCGUAGACUAAAUUUAUUUCGAUCAAAUUUCCGGUAACCAGUCUUGCUAAGCACAUGCUACCUAUGUUAGGUGCGCUAGUUACAAUGACUAAAGUCGUAUGUGUUUUAGGAUCCCCAUCACGGGCGUCCAGGUUCACAGGAGCAACGCUUGGGUCACGAUGACCCACAGUGGAGACGGCUACUGGUUGCUCAGCGACGGCCACGCCAUGCCAGAUGGCGCUUUCGGCAUCCGUUUGACAGCUGCCAAUGGACACGUGCUAGAGGAUACCGUACCGAGAAUAGGUAUGUGUUAAAAUACCGUACCGAGGAUAGGUAUAUGUUGAAAAACUGUACCGAGGAUAGGUAUAUGUUGAAAAAACUGUACCGAGGAUAGGUAUAUGUUGAAAAACUGUACCGAGGAUAGGUAUAUGUUGAAAAACUGUACCGAGGAUAGGUGUGUGUUAAAAUAAUGUAUUAUUAAUUGAAUAGAUAUUUAUAUAUUUAUUCAUUUUUUGUUUGUUAAGGCGCCCAAAUGGUGGAUACACUGAUGCAUGGGAUGUACCUUAUUUAACGGCUUAUUAUAGAUUUUGAUGCAUUAUACGACCCCCAGCCCCCCCCCCCACCCCAACCCAAAAUAAAAUAAGAAAGUAUUUUUUAAUAUAUUUUUUUGUAUUUGAAAUUCCUACCGAUAUCUGAAUUUUACUCUCCGAAAAUUAUAUCACAGCAAUCAAACUUGGCUAGAUAUGAAAAAAAAAGAAAAGGAUUUUGCAAUAAAAUUACAGUAAAAUACCUAACAUUUAGGUUCAAUAUUAACGGUUAAGUUUCAUUUACCGAUAUGUGUAGGUUAAAACAUACAAUAUUACUUACCUUAGUCCUACUAUUUGUUAUAAGAGUUGUGGACUGUGAGAAAGCUUUAAAAAAGAUUAAUUAGACGCGACCAAUUUGUGUCAAUAUAACAAUAGAUGUUAAGCUUUAAUAAUAAUUUUACAUUAUACACAAGUAAACGCUUCGGCACCUGCCUUCAUCAGUGCAACAACUCGUGACUUACCGGUGAUUUUUAGGACUUGUGUUAGUUUAUGGGGAUAUCUUAUCAAACUAUAACUCCCUUCACCCACCUUUGGUCUACAGGUUGAGGGUUUUAGGAGAUAUUUUAUAAAUAGGGUAAAUCAUGUCUUUUAAGCUGCAUUUUUAAUAUCAUAAUUUGUGUGUGUGCUGGGGGCAGGGGGAUUCUUCAUGUUGAAUUUAAAAGGGCUUCUUAAUUCCUUUUGUAGUUGCCUGGAACGAGAUUAGACAUCACGCGCUAGUGUUUUUCAUCAGGUAACAGUGCGUCCGUCGAAAAUUAUGUUCAUCCUUUGAGCAUAUGAACCAUAGUUGGUCACCGGAAACUAAUCCUUGGCCAUUGGAAGUCAUCCUAGGUCAUUGGAAAACGUAGUUGGCCAUUGGGUCCAAUGAUACUUUCGUUUGCGCUCGGUAUUUUGUUACAUGAACAUAUGCUUUAAAUAUACCCAAAUUCUCGAAUUUAAAAAAAAAAAAAUUAGGUCUGACCUAACUUUCCUUCACUGUGGUUUUCAGAUAACAGUCACAUUUUGGAAGGAGGUCGCAAGGUCCAAGUGCCUCUCGACCCAAGUCUGCCAAAUGCCUAAAAUGUAUUUCAGCAAACGAAGGAACCCCUACAGAAUCAAGCUCCACUUGGCAGGGAGAAAUCUUUCGCACAAGAUUUGUUUCGUUCACGUGUUAACAUCACGUCUUAAAUAAAUUAGAACGGAGCUCUUUUGUGUGUUUUGAAAGUCGUGAAUAAAUUGACGAAGAAAUGUUCCAUUAA